AUGCAGCACAAGAGGAAACAGCAGCCCUCCGAGGCCGGCCAGAACCCCCUCAAGCGCCAAAAGUCCACCACCAACCAAAAGAAUGCGCCCUCCAAGAAGCGCAAGGUUGCCGCCAGCGCCCUGCCUUGGAAGAAGGUCGAGGUCCCCGAGAUGUUCGACGACGCCGAGGGUUUCUACGGCCUGGAGGUCAUUGAGGGUGUUGAUGUCAUCAAGGAUGGCGAGAACAUCGAGUUUGUCGCGGCCAUUCCCUCCGGCGAUGACGAGAAGAACCAAAACGACAACGACGGCGACGAGUUCGAAGGCUUCAGCGACUCUGAACCAGCCCCUGCGCAACUCGAAACCGUGAAGGAGGAGGCCAAGAAAGACAGCAAGGCGGCACCGAAGAAGACGAAGAAGGAAAAGAAGGCCGCAAAGGCAGAGCAGCAGGCAAAGGACGACAAGCCAGCUGAAACCCCCGCCGACAAGACCGACGAGACAGACGCCGCCGAUCCCACGACUCAAGAACCCAAAGACAAGAAGAAGAACAAGAAGGAGAAGAAGCAGAAAAAGACACAGCCCAAGCCCGAAGACGCCAAGCUCGAGAACAGCGACUUCACCGCCCUGCAAAAAGUAGAAGAGGCCGAGGAGGACCUCGACAUGACCCCCUGGGUCGAUCUCGGUCUCUCGCCCGCCACCGUCUCGGCCAUCGCCAAGCUCAAGUUCGCGAAGCCGACAAAGAUCCAGGCGUCCACGAUACCUGAGAUUCUAGCUGGCCACGACGUCAUCGGAAAGGCCUCGACCGGUUCUGGUAAGACGCUGGCGUUCUCGAUCCCCAUCGUCGAGGACUGGCUCGACAAGUACGAGGAGAAGGCCGACGGCGGCAAGCCCGAAAAGGCCGACAACACACCCCUGGCGCUGAUCCUGUCGCCGACGAGAGAACUGGCCCACCAGAUCACGAACCACAUCAAGAACCUCUGCGCCGGCCUGGUCAACGCGCCCUUUGUCUGCUCCGUCACGGGUGGUUUGUCCGUGUUCAAGCAGCAGAGACAGCUGGCCAAGGCCGACAUCGUCAUCGGUACGCCGGGACGUCUGUGGGAGGUCAUCAGCGGCAGCAGGGAGCUGCUCGCCGGCUUCAGGCAGAUCAGGUACUUGGUGGUCGACGAGGCCGACAGGCUGCUGAGUGAGGGACACUUCAAGGAGGCCGGCGAGAUCCUCGACGCCCUGGAUCGUGAGGUCAUUGAGGAGGAUGACGAUGACGACGACGAGAAGAGCCUUUCGGCCAGGCAAACGCUCGUCUUCUCGGCAACGUUCCAUCAGGGCUUGCAGCAGAAGCUGGCCGGCAAGGGCAAAUGGGGGCUCAUGUCGGAGGAGGAGUCGAUGGAGUAUUUGCUGAAGAAGCUCAACUUCCGUGAGGAGAAGCCCAAGUUCAUCGACGUGAACCCGGCGAAGCAGAUGGCGUCCGGUCUGAAGGAGGGCCUGAUCGAGUGCGGUGGCAUGGAGAAGGAUCUGUACCUGUACACCGUUAUCCUGCUCAACCCCAACCGCAGAACGCUCGUCUUCACAAACUCCAUCAGCGCCGUCCGCCGCCUCGCGCCUUUCCUCCAGAACCUCAACAUCAACGCCACGGCCCUGCACUCCCAGAUGGCACAAAAGGCCCGUCUCCGUUCCGUCGAAAAGUUCACCGCGACGAAGCCCAACACCACCGCCGUCCUCAUCGCCACCGACGUCGCGGCCCGCGGUCUCGAUAUCCCUGGUAUCGACCAGGUCAUCCACUACCACGUGCCCCGCGCAGCCGACAUGUACGUCCAUCGCUCCGGUCGUACGGCGCGUGCCGAGCGCACCGGUCUGAGCAUCAUUCUCUGCGGGCCCGAAGAGGUCGUCCCGACGCGCAGGCUGGCGGCUAAGGUGCACGCCGGACAGGCGAGCAAGAAGAAGUACUUCAUGCGGACCAUCGACAUCGACCGCCGCAUCGCGUCCCGCCUCAAGCCGCGCGUGGACCUGGCCAAGAAGCUCACGGACGCUACGCUGGCCAAGGAGAAGGGCACCAAGGACGAGGACUGGGUCAAGGCCGCCGCCGAGGAGCUCGGCGUCGAGUACGACAGCGAGGAGCUCGACAAGGCCGGCAGCUGGACCGGGCGCGGCAGCCAGCGGAAGAAGAAGCAGCAGGAGGACAAGAACAUCACAAAGGCCGAGAUGGGCGCCAUGAGGGCGCAGCUGCGCGAGCUGCUGUCGAGGCGCGUCAACUCCGGCGUCAGCGAGAAGUACAUCACGUCGGGCAGCAUCGACGUCGAGGAGCUGCUCCGGGGCGGGACGGGAGAUUUCCUGGGCAAGGUCGACGGUCUGGACCUGGAGGACCUGUGA